CCCCCUUCCUUUAGAACCCAGUAUCUUGCUCGAAUUCAAUCUUGCUUCCGUACCGAUCAUCACGAUCUGUGAUCAACUUUGAAUAAAACCUCGGAUCAAAUCAAUUCCCUCCAAUCGCUAUCACUUUUGCUAAAACAUCUAUUCAAGCCUCGGCUUUAUUCGUUGUGCAAUUCUCAGGGCUGCAAUUUGCCUAAACAGAUCUGCAGUUCAGCCCGUACAUCAUUGGCGCAACACUUCUUCUCAAUUACGAAGAAAGCAAGUAUUUUUAGCACAAUACCUUUUAAGAUCACUCUCCACCUCAAUCGCGCGAUCAAUACAGCUUUUUAGCAUCAGAACAGCUCAAUAUCAGCUCCAUCAUCUUCUACAUAUCAUCAUCAGAUUGUACGACAUGCCAGCGAUCUCGCCGGACAAUCUUGCUUUGCUCAAGGAGCCAAUCUUGAGCAUCCUGAGGGGAAGUGAUCUGAGUCUGAUCUCAGCAAAAAAGGUUCGUCAAGCAUUAGAGCAACUGAAUGAUCCUAAAAAUCCAAACGAAAAGCUUUUAGCAAGAUUACAAAUCCAAUUGGAAGAGAAAGAGCACAAAAAACAAGUUGAUGAAUUGAUCAAAGUUUGUUUUGAUACAAUCAACAAUCCUGCACCAGCUCCAACUCCUGCCACAGGAUUGGCGCUACCAGUCGGAAACGGUCAUUCCAACGGUUAUUCGUCCGCAUCUGCGCCUAAUUCGGGAGCCAGUUCAGCACCCAGAUUGGCCUUACCGGGAAUGGGAGGAAUUCCUGGCUCGCUUGCUGCUCCUUCUGCACCUGUUGUUAAGACAGAACCCCGUUCUUCCAGUUCAAUGUCCACAUCCAAAGCAGCGCCCUCGGGAGGGAAAAGAAGCCGAAAAGCGGAAGAUACAAUCUCUGAUGAAGAAGAAGAUGCAGAUGUUGAAACGAUCAAAAAAAUGGCAAGUAAGAAAACAACAAAGAAACGUAAAUCGAUAAAGAAUGAAGAUGGAGAAAAGAAACCGCCAAAUCCAAACAAUCCGUUCAAUAGACCCGUCAUACUAAGCGAAGAGAUGGGACGUGUUUGCGGCGGAAGAGAGAUGCCACGAUAUAUGAUCACAAAGCAAUUAUGGGCAUAUAUCAAAGGAAACGAUUUGCAAAAUCCGGAAAACAAAAGGCAGAUCAUGUGUGAUUCAACACUUCAAAGUUUGUUUGGAAAAUCCACAGUGGAUUCAUUUGAAAUGGCAAAAUUGAUCUCUAAACAUGUUUCAAAGAAGGAAGUUACAGAAUAAUUGGGAAAGAAGAACGGCUUUUUUUCUGCUUUUCGCAAAGGAUAUGCUUUUGCUGUACAAUACACUAGAUUUGGGCUUCUGAUUGGCCUUUAAAUUUAUCAAUCUCUAUCAUCCAAUAAUGUAAACUCAUCCAUUAAAUGUGCAUUUAAUAUUGUGG